AGCGCCGCGCCUCCGGCAUGGAGUGGGAGCUCAACUUCCUGGUCUACCUGGCGCUCUUCUUCUUCCUGCUCUUCUUACUGUUCCUCCUGCUCUUCGUGCUCAUCAAGCAGCUGACGAACUUGGGGGCCAGCACGGCCGGGGCGCUCCAGCCGGGGCGCCUCUCGCUGCACCGCGGGGAGCCUUGGGGCUUCUCCCACGAGCAGGCGGUGUGAGCCGCACGGUGCGGGGCUGGCGGGAGGGCGCCGAGCGAGCGGCGCGGGCGCAGCCGGGUCUCAGCCUCGAUUUUGUGCGGGCUCGGCCACCGAGCGGCUGCUGCGGCGUGGGCAGGUUGGUUCCGGCGCGGGAGGGUCGGCCGAGGGGCGAGCUCUCUCCUUUCACCUCCUCCGCAGGCUCGGGCUCGUGUGCGCUGUGGUGCCGGGGGCAGCGGGGGCCCUGGGCUGGGGUGGUGCUGUGGUCCCGGGAGGGAACCCCGGCUUUCCCUUCUCUGGGGCGGGGAGAGACGCAGAAGAGAGGAGUUGAGCCUUUGGAGCCCGAACGCCUUUGGCCACCUACCAGCUCUUCCUCCAGGUCCAACUGCAUCCUAGCUUGCACCCAAGGGGCGGAACACUAAACUCUUCAGAUGCUUUUUUCCUCGGCCCGCGUGGUCUGGCGCUCCGGAGCGCGCCCAGUGCCCAGCCUCCGUUACGGCCCAGAGCCAAGAGCCUGCAGGGAGGCGCGGGGACCCGAGGUGGAAGUUUUCCACCAGCGGCACAAAGAAGGACCACACUGAGAGGCCAAAAGCAACAAAAUACUGAAUCUUGCCUGAGUUAUUAACAUACAAGUGAAGGGGAAGACGAUUAUUUUGAUCAUUCGAGGGGAGGAAGAAGCCGUCCUGCUGAGGGCUCUAGCCAGACGUGACUCGGGCUCCCACCUGGAACCCCGGAACGGCUGUGGCGCUUGCUUGUACACUGCGCUCUGGACCACACUCCUCCGCCCGGCGGGCACCUGCGCGGGGGUUUAGUUACAGGGUGUGUGGUCAGGAUGCGUGUCGGGCAGUGA